UGAUCACAACGCGGCCGCCGCUGCCCGAGACGCGCCACCAUGGCCGGAGACAAUACUAUAGGAUGGCAGGACAAAAAGGACUACCGCGCGAAGCUCACCAUCGCGCGGGCUGCGGUCAAACAAGUCCAACGCCAGGAGGUGAAGGACGUGCUACGAGAGAAGGACGCGGCCCGGCAGCGCGCGCGCGCGAUUAAACUCGGCCAAGCGGUAAAUGGUAGGCCGCGCUGGGUGAAGCCCACUCAAGUCAAGAAGUCCAAGGGCGACGCGGCGAACGCCGAGGACGCGCGGGCGCGGGCGGAGUUGCGGAGGGCCCUCGAAGCGCUCGACGAUGAGAAGCCCGCGACACAACCGGUCAAAAAGGAUCAACGGCCGGCCUGGUCCGUGCGGGCGCCGGAGCGCAUCUCCGCCGACGAGAUGGCGCGGCGGGCCUGCCUGGCGGCGCGCGAGCAUCUGGUCGAGGUCGAAGCCAAGGCGAAGGUCGAAUGGAUCGACCCGCGGCCGAAGGACACGGGCCCGCGCUGGGUGCCUCCCACGAAAGUCAUCCAGUUAAGGGGCGACGCGGCGCUCGCCGCGGACGCGAAGGCACGCGCGGACCACCGGCGGGCCCUCGAGGCCGCCGCGGCUUCGACGAGAAGACCGCGCAUUGAGCGCUACGAGCCCUAUCCUGAAGUAGAACCGGUUCCACCGCAGAAGUCGCCGUGGCGGAAGACGGGUCCGGGCAAGCAGCUCCGGUGCGACAUGAUCUCCGGGAGUUAUAGAAGGGAGGCGGAGCACAAUCAACGCCUCGCGGCGGCGGAGGAGGCCGCGCGGCAACGCAUCUGCGGCGAGCUGGCCUUCGCGACGGGGAACCCGCCGCUCGCCUGCGCGCGCAGACCGGCGCCGCCGCCGAAGUGGCGGCCGCCGCCGGCCCCCGCGAAGCCGGUGGAGAAGGCGCGGCCGUCCUGGGAGCGGUCACCGCCGCGGCGCGUGCGGCCGCACAUGUCCUGGCGGCCGCGGUCGGCCCCGUCGAAGCGCAACGCCGCGCGGCCGCGGCGCCCGAAGUGGAGCCCGUAUUCGGAAUUGUGA